AUGGCACUGGCAAGCGUGCUUCAGUCUCUACUGGUCGUGUUCUUUGACCUCCUGUGGGCCUGGAUUGUGAAGCGUUCGUAUAGCAACCAUUCUCUCUGCGUCAAGACCGUUCUAUUCAAGUCUCUGAACCAUUUCCUUCCGCUCUUCUACUCUGCACUGGUUCAUCCAACGGAGAUAUCACCAUACGAAACGUUUCAAACACAAUUGAUAAUGCAGUUUGGUCUCAUCAUAGUCGCCGAUGUCACGGAGGUUGCAGUUCCCUACCUCACACUCGUCUACAAAAGAAGCUCUUGUCGAAGAGCUAAACCCACUGCUGAAGCCGAACGACUCCUUUCGCCUUCCAUUCCAUCCGGAGUUCAACCACAACAGCCGUUUCGAGCUACCGUCACUCCCCCGGGCAUCGGGCCCAUCAGAUUCACGGCCGAGGAAGCGGAAUAUCUCAUGGGACACUAUGACGAAACUAAUUUGGCAGACGAUUACUUGGAAGCGGUCAUACAAUUCACGCACCUUCUCUUCUUCAGUCCCUGCUGCCCUGUUAUCGCCCUCUUCACCCUUCUUAGACACAACAUUGAGAUAUAUACAGACAAGAUCAAACUAUGCCGACUCUUCAAAAGAUCAUGCCUGAUGUACGCAGAUGACCAAAUAUACACGAACAUACUCCGCAUCAUAUCAAUCCUAGCCCUGCCCACAUCGCUAUCAAUGCUACUAUACUUCGAUCCGGUUCUGACAUUCAAACAAAAACUUAUCACAUUUAUCAUACUCGAGUACAUGAUGGUCUCCGUGAGACUGUACUUCCAUUUUCUACGCUGA